AUGGCUGUUUUGUGGCUGGUGCUGCUAGGAGGAAUGCUCACAUUCUUCCUGGGAGUCUUUGUAUGGGUUUUCAUCCAGCACCUUCUCACUGUUGAAAUUCCAUCUACCCUGAAGCAUCCAGUCAAGUUAAGAAUUUUGCAUUUCAGUAUCCAGUACCUGAUAACUUUGGGAACCAUACUAGAGAAACUGAGAAUUUGUUCCAUGCCUGCAUUUUUACUGUGUAUCCAAGACCUAGUAAUAAUAAAGAAGGAUCCCAAUAUGUUGGUGACUGACACGCGUUUUGGGACAGUGCCUGUGAGGCUGUUCAAGCCCAAAAAAGUGUCUUCAAAACUCCGGCGAGGCAUCAUAUUCUACCAUGGAGGAGGUGGAAUAUUUGGAAGUCUGGAUGUUUACCAUGGCCUAGGCAACUUUCUCGCCCGUGAGACAGACUCAGUGGUCCUGUUGGUGGGGUACCGUAAGCUUCCAGACCACCAUCAUCCUGCUAUUCACCUUGAUUGCCUGAAUGCUUCCAUUCACUUCCUGAAGAACCUUCAAACCUAUGGGGUAGACCCCUCCCGGGUGGUUAUCGCUGGAGAAAGUGUUGGAGGUUGGGUUGUGGCCACUGUCACUCAGGCUUUGGCCUGUCAAGACAAGAUUUCCCAGAUCAGGGCUCAAGUCCUGAUUACUCCAAUGUUGCAAGGCGUUAACUUCCAGUUACCAUCACAAUUGCAGAAACACAAUGUUCCAUUGCUUACGAGAGACUUAAUGAUUACAUUCUUUUGUAGAUACCUAAACAUUGAUCUCUCUUGGAAAAAUGCCAUACUGACAGGAGCUUGUGUGCCCCCAGACAUAUGGAAAAAGUACAAUAAAUGGCUUAGCUCUGACAACAUUCCCCAAAGGUUUAAGGGCAAAGACUUUAGUCCUGAGUUUCUAGGACCUUUCAAUGAGACUGCCUAUCUGGAAACCAAGCAUGUUUUGGAUGAAAAAAUUUCACCUCUCCUAGCAGAUGACAAGAUCAUUGCUCAACUUCCAGACACAUUUCUAUUGAGCUGUGAGCAUGAUAUUAUCCGGGAUGAUACCCUACUCUACAAGAAGCGCUUGGAAGACCAGGGGGUCCCUGUAACCUGGCACAAUGUGGAAGAUGGCUUUCAUGGAUGUAUUAUUUUUUUUGAUAAGCAGUUUUUCUCUUUCCCCUGCUCCAUGAAUGCUUUAAAUGCUACCAUCAGUUAUAUUAAGGGUAUGUGA